AUGGCCCCGUCCGCCUCAAAACAAAAGCGUCUCGCGGAGAAGGCUGCGAAGCAGUCUGCAAAGGUUAAGGGCAGCAAGGACACCGAUGCGUCGACCUCGACCUCGACCCCGACUGGCUCCGCCUACGGCAGCUCCGUCAACACCCCUAUCACGAGCAUGUCUGCUGCGACGAGCCAGGAGGACCUCAGCGUGAUGGCCAAGCUCCAGAUCGCCACCGACCGGAGUGCGGCCGGCGUCCUCGUCUCGGACAUCAAGGGCAGGGACAUCAAGAUGGAUUCGUACACGCUCUCCUUCCACGGCCGCCUCCUCAUCGAGGGCGCCGAGGUCUCCCUCAACUACGGCCAGCGGUAUGGUCUCCUCGGCGAGAACGGGUCCGGAAAGUCGACAUUCCUCCAAUCCAUCGCCGACCGCGACAUCGACAUCCCGGAACAUAUCGACAUCCACCUCGUCCGCGGCGAGGCCGAGCCCUCAGACGUCAAUGCGAUCGACUACAUCGUCGCCUCAGCAAAGGAAAAGGUCGCCAAGCUCGAACAGCGCAUCGAGGACCUCUCCGUCGCCGACGACGUCGACGAGCUCCAGCUCGACCAACUUUACGAGGAGCUCGAGGAGAUGGACCCCUCCACCUUCGAGGCCAAGGCUGGCUCCAUUCUCCACGGUCUCGGCUUCUCCCAGCAGAUGAUGGCCAAGCCGACCAAGGACAUGUCCGGUGGAUGGCGGAUGCGCGUCGCCCUCGCCCGCGCGCUCUUCGUCAAGCCCCACCUCCUCCUCCUCGACGAGCCGACGAACCACCUGGACCUCGAGGCCGUGGUCUGGCUCGAGGCGUAUCUGUCCAUGUACAACCACAUCCUCGUCAUCACCUCGCACUCACAGGACUUCAUGGACACCGUCUGCACGAACAUCAUGGACCUCACGCCCAAGAAGAAGCUCGUCUACUACGGCGGCAACUACUCGACCUACGUCCGCACCAAGACCGAGAACGAGGUGAACCAGAUGAAGGCGUACGCGAAGCAGCAGGAGGAAAUCGCGCACAUCAAGAAGUUCAUCGCCUCGGCCGGUACGUACGCGAACCUCGUGAAGCAGGCCAAGUCGAAGCAGAAGAUCAUCGACAAGAUGGAGGCCGCCGGGCUGAUCGAGAAGAUCGAACUGGUGAAGCCCCUCCGAUUCAACUUCGAGGACGUUUCGAAGCUCCCCCCGCCGAUCCUCGCGUUCAACGAGGUCGCGUUCUCGUACUCGGGCAAGCCAGAGGACUAUCUCUACAAGGACCUCUCCUUCGGUAUCGACAUGGACUCGCGCAUCGCCAUCGUCGGGCAGAACGGGACGGGCAAGUCGACGCUGCUCAACAUGAUCACCGGCCAGCUGCAGCCGUCAGCGGGCACGAUCUCGCGCCACGUCGGGCUCAAGCUCGCCAAGUACUCGCAGCACUCGGCGGACCAGCUCCCUUACGAGAAGAGCCCGAUCGAGAACCUCCAGUCCCUCUACCACGAGAAGUUCCCGGAGAAGGACUUGCAGGCGUGGCGCGCGCAGCUCGGCCGGUUCGGUCUCUCGGGCGCGCACCAGACGUCGCCCAUCAAGCAGCUCUCAGACGGUCUCCGGAAUCGUGUCGUGUUCGCGCAGCUGGCGAUGGAGCACCCGCACAUCCUCCUGCUCGACGAGCCGACGAACCAUUUGGACAUGGCGUCUAUCGAUGCGCUCGCGCGCGCGAUCAAGGAGUACGAGGGUGGCGUCGUCAUCGUCUCGCACGACUUCCGGCUGAUCUCGCAAGUGGCCGAGGAACUGUGGGAAGUUAAGAAUCGGAAGAUCAAGAACCUGACGAAGGAGGACAUCACGAUCGUAGACUACAAGAAGCUCCUCGUCAAGAACAGUAUGGCGGCGCUCGAGAAGGCGAAACUGUUCAGCAAGUCGACGGGCAAAACGAAGACGUAG